GUCAAGGACAUACUUCUUGUAUAUAAGGAAAUACGUCAAUUCCUAAUCUGACGCAAGUGAAACAAAAUUUGUUUUUGAAGUAUUUCAAAUCAAUAACUUGUUUUUUGGAAGAGUUGUGAAAAUGCCGCGGAAAAGUAAAAGACGACAGAAAAAAGCCAAAUUAAUUGAUGCACAACAAGAGACAACUGAUACACAACAAGAGACAACUGAUACAGAAGAGCAAGGGCCAAUUGAUACAGAAGAGCAAGGGCCAAUUGAUACACAACAGCAAGGGCCAAGUGGUACAUCACAUAAAAGGUCAAGUGGUAAACCACAGCAAGAGCCAAGUGGUAAACCACAGCAAGGGCCAAAUGAUGGACAACAGCAAGGGCCAAGUGGUAUACCACAGCAAAGGCCAAGUGCUAGACAACAGCAAGGGCCAAGUGCUAGGCAACAGCAAAUGCCGAUUGGUACACCACAGCCAGGACCAAGUGGUACACCACAGCCAGGGCCAAGUGGUAUACAAAAACAACAAAAAUCGGAACAUGUUGAACGAAAGCAGGCACCUGUUUUAAAACAGGUAUCUGAACAGGUACAGCAGCCAACUGGUACAGUUUCCAAAUCAAAAGUGUUCCCAAAACAUUUGCAACAAAUAUACCUGAAUCAGAUGCCAAUAAAAAAUAGCGUAGGUACAAUGGGCAGAAAAAUUAUGGUAGAAACAAACAUGUUUAGACUCAUCUUUCCUAGCAAUUUUGAAACACGUGUUAUUCAUUAUGAUGUAGUCAUUACACCAGACAAACCAAAAUGUUUCUUAAGAAAAGUUUUCGAAGAAUUUAGAAAAGUACAGUGUCCAAAGAGAUAUCCUGCAUUUGAUGGCAGAAAAAAUGCAUAUAGUGCAAAUGAUCUUCCCUUUGGUGAUCAAAGUAAAGAAGAAGAAUUAACUAUUCUUGAUAAAGAAUUGCAAAAACAAAGAACUUUCAAGAUAUAUUUAAAAAAAGUUGCAGUUCUUGAUUUGUCAUGGAUCAAAAAUUUAAAGUAUGAUGCAUUUGAGUCUGACACAAAACAGCAAUGUAUCCAGGCAUUGGAUAUCAUUUUGCGCCAUGGACCUGCAUCGCAAUACAUAACGGUUGGUAGAUCACUUUUUCAACCACCGGAACCAGGUAGAGUUAUUUCAUUGACGAAUGGUUUAAAUUUAUGGUUUGGUGUAUUCCAAUCUGCUAUAGUUGGAUCUAGAGCAUAUUUGAAUGUAGAUGUUGCACAUAAGGGAUUUCCUAAAGAGCAAUCAGUUAUUGAUUUGAUGAAAGAAUUAUGUCAGAAUCCUAGAGGUGGUCCAGUGCCGGAGCACCUAACUGCAAGGGACAUUAGAUAUAAUCAAGAUAAAAUAGAGAAAUUUUUAAAGGGAUUAAAAGUUCAUUAUGAAUUGCAAGGUCAACCUACCAGUAAAAGAAUUUAUCCCGUAAAUGGAUUAGUCGAUAGUGCAAGAGGAAGCAAAUUUAUUGUAAAAGAUGGAACUGUUACUACAGUUGAAGAAUAUUUUUUACAAACGAAAAAAUAUAAAAUAAAAUACCCUGACCUGCCUUGUCUUUGGGUAGGAUCUAAAAAUAGCAAAAUUUACGUACCUGCUGAGUUAUGUACAGUUAUAGCUGGACAAGUUCUACGGAAAAAACUGGAUGAAGCUCAGACUGCAAAAAUGAUUCGCGAAACCGCAACUAGUGCCGAUACACGUAAACAAAAAAUUUUGAGUAGCUUUGCUAAUAUGAAAUUGAACGAUCAACCAAGUUUACUAAAUGAAUUUCAUUUCUCUGUACAUGGACAAUUUGAAAAAGUGCCAGCAAGAGUUCUUGAAGCUCCCAAGUUACAAUACAAUGCCAGACAAGUUAACGUAUUCAAGGGAACCUGGAGAGCAGACAAAUUUUUAAUACCAUGUAAUUUGCCAGAAAAUUCAUGGACUAUGUUAAAUUUAAACGCAAAUGUACGUGAUACUGAUUUACAUAUGUUACACGACAGACUACGACAAUUUGGUUCAUCUUUGAACAUGACGAUCAAUAGGGCACUAACUCCAUUCACAAUGUUAACUUUAAAACAUAAUAUUUCGAACAUUAUUGCAUAUUUUGAGGAAAAAAAGCAACAAGAUAUAAAAUUAGUACUAGUAAUACUUCCGAAUGUAGACAGUAGUGCUUACAGUGUUGUAAAACAAAUUUCCGAACUUAAAAUACCCGGAGGUAUUGUAACUCAAUGUAUAAAACAUCAAACUUUAAGAAAAUUAAAUGAUUCAACGGUUGGAAAUAUUUUGUUAAAAAUUAAUUCAAAGCUUAAUGGUGUUAAUCACACCUUUGUUCUUUCUUAUUGUCCGCCUUGUUUAAGGGAACCAUGCAUGAUCGUUGGUGCCGAUGUGACUCAUCCAUCCCCUGAUGCGUCGACCAUACCUUCGAUUGCGGCUGUUGCAGCAAGUCAUGAUCUCUAUGCUUUUCAAUAUAACGUUGAAAUAAGACUUCAGCCGCCGAGAGAAGAAAUGAUACGCGACAUGGAAGAAAUUAUGAUAAUUCAGUUGAAGUACUUUUAUGCGAAAACAGGACAUAAGCCUAAAAGAAUAAUCGUCUAUCGGGAUGGUGUAAGUGAUGGCCAACUUUUAUUCGUGAUGCAUUAUGAAUUGGAGGCAAUAAAAAGAGCUAUAAAUCGUUUAAACCGUAAUCAAGAGCGUGACAUUGCGAUCACAUUUUUUGUAGUUCAAAAAAGGCAUCACAUACGUCUUUUUCCGACUGACAAAAGGAAUUCGGAUGAUAGAAACUUUAAUGUACAAGCAGGCACUAUCGUUGAUACAGAAAUUACACAUCCAACUUAUAUAGAUUUUUAUCUUGUAUCUCAUGCUAGCAUACAAGGUACUGCCAGACCAACGAAAUACAGAUGCGUAUGUAAUGAAAGUCAUAUGCGGGAAGAUGAAAUUGAGCAACUUACGUAUUAUCUUUGUCAUAUGUUUGCACGAUGUACACGAUCUGUUAGUUAUCCUGCACCUACAUACUAUGCCCAUUUAGCUGCUUUUAGAGCAAGAGCAUUAAUACACAAUGUCAACGUAGAUGUUGAGAGGCUCGCAGAGGAACAGAGAAAGAAAAUGACUUUACAAAUAAAUAAAAGUUCACCUAUGUUUUUUGUAUAAGAGUUACAUAAAACAUGUAAUAGAAUGAGAUAAGAAAAUGUGCAAGCGUAAAUCUUAUCAAUCGAUAAAAGGUUCAUUUACUACAAUUUCUGCAUUCUGAUAAUACGUUCAGUCUUGGUAAUGGAGUUUUGGAUACAUUGCCAUUCAACAUUCGUGUGGCAUUUUACAAAUUUCGAAGAUAACGAUUAUUGUCCCUGUAGAACAUAGAAUAUGUAGCCUUUAGAAAGGUAUGUUAAUUUUGAUUUAUUUAAAUAUUUCACUUUAGUAUAUGUAAUAUUGAAAGUAACACAUAUAUAAAUUACUAUACAUUUAUUUACUAGUAAUUAUAAAAUAGAAACAAAUAAAUAGUCAA